AUGGCAAAAACGUGCGAUUCGAGCUUCACGAAACACUACCAAGCCAUCAUCGAUAACGCUGUGGGCGGUGGUAUCGUGUGUUCGCUGGGAGAGCAAUCGCUGCGGACGUUCUUAACGGACAUAAACAUCACGCUGAAGCCACAACAGGACUUCAUAGUUCAAGGUCUCGAAAAACUGAAGAAAACCACGGAGGCCGCUGUGGCCGCGCUGGAGGAAAGCGGGUCCCCCUACAAGCACACUGUCGUGCGGAACUUGAGGACACACAACGCAGCGUACGUUACCUUCACCAAGGAGGGAGACACGUUCCGUGGCGCAACCAAAUUCGCCAAGGGCCUUCAAAGAACCAUCGGAUCCGCAUGGGAUCCACCCAACGCGCCGGUAAAAAUCCGUUUGCGAGGCAGCGGCAGUUUGGGAGUCACCGGUGGGCCGCUCCUCCACGAGGUGGCGCAAUCGCUAAACAUGGUGUGGCUCAUUUCUGCCGGAAGUCUUGAGGACCCUUUCUGUCUCAUGGAGGUGUGCGCGGCAGUACGGCAGGGUACACCGGUGCUGCCUGUUCGUCUCGCGGGGGCUGGAAUGCGACCCCUCAACCUUCCGAUCUGGGCCUACUCGAUCGAGAUAAAGCCUUCGAGAUCUGGGGCUACUACAUCGAGUAGCCUUACGGCUUCUUCUGCCGACGACGCUGCUGUCAUUGCUGACGCCAAUACCAAGAAUGGCCCGGGAAACUUGGAAAAUGGCAGCGAUCUCAAGGACUGUGAAAGAGGCAGCGGCGGCGGCGAGCACCAACUGGCAGCAACAGGAUGCGGCACGGGCAACACGGCAACCGAAUUCAGAGAGAGAGGGCGGCGUUUGCGCCGUCGCGCAGUCGAUGGGUUCUACGCGCAGCUCGCUCAGAGACUGCCUACGAAAGUCCAGGCCGAGCUUCACCGAAAUCGUUUCCUGGUGAAGGACGUCAUCGCGGCCGUCCGCUCGUGUUUCGAAGGCACAGGAGAGAGCGAAAUCGGCGGUACACAGCAAGCAGGCGCCGGUCCUGCCGACACCCGAUCCGAUAAAACGGCGUCCGCGACGGUUUCCAAGGCGAGGGCGAAGCCACCAGUGUUUGAUAUAUCGGAUCAACCUCCUGAACACGACAUGCUUCUCGCUGCGCUUGUAGGGGUCAACCGCCGGAAUACGGGGAAGGCAGACGUCGAAGACGAUGCAAAUCGUGACAAAGGGAGAGAAUCUGGGUCGUCUUUCUGGAAUUGGGAGCAGGUACCACGGAGUGCUCCGCUUGCCGGGCGCGCGCGCCUCACGGACGCCGUACCCUGGCGGUCGGACGAGGAAGUGUCCCAGAUGAUCAAGAUGGAAGAAGCGGAAGCAGACGAUCUUGCGGGACUGUUGGUGAAUGACAUGCGGACCCAUCCGAGCUCGGAGCAGCACCAGUGGGAGGGCUGCAAAGGGUUGGCAGACCUGGCUGCUAGGGAUAGUGACGGUCUAAGCGCUGUGCGACGGCAGGGGGGGAUUCAGGCCAUCCUUGCCGCUCUCGCGGCAUGCCCCAAAGAUGCAGACGUACAGAGAUGGGGAUGCCAAGCGCUGGUCCCCCUCUUCAGCGACCCUAUCGUGGCGAAAGCCUUCCGCCAGGCAGGAAUCGCCGCUGUGAUCCGAGCGCUCGCCGUGUUGUCCUGCUGUGAGGCGGCCCUAAAGAGUAUGGGGGCUGUUGGCGGUUCAUGCAGGGGGAGCGCUGUCCGUGGUGGGAGGGCGAAGGCGACGUCGGCUCGCACGAGAUGGAGUCGAGCCGUCCAAAAGGUCGACCUGUUUGCAGAUCGGUUUUGGUUGGCUAGAAAGAUAGAGGCGAGACGAAAGAGCAUCGAGCUUGAGCUUCAGAAAGAAAUCGAAGCUGAGGAGGACGCGGCUCUGGCUGGCGACAACGAUGCGGCUGAAACUAACGAUGCGGGUGAGUCUCGGGAUAAUGCCAACAGCGAUGAAGGUCCUUCAUUGGGAAGCGUCCAUGCCGCAACCACAGCGGCAGCCGCAGGAGCGCGGGGCAGCAUUGACGGAAAGAACAAAAAAGAAGGCCGUACGUCGGCGGAGGAAACUACGCCGGAAGGGCAGGAGGAAUCUGAGAUCGAGAACAACGGAGAACCUGAAGAGAAAAACAAAGAUGACAGCAGCAUAUGUGAUGACGCGCUGGCCGAGGAGCAGCGGCGCCUGGAGGAGCAGGACAGGCUGGAGCACGAGGCCGAAAUGGCGAGGUUGAAAAAGGAGUUGUGCGACCCGUACCGAAGAGGAAAACUGACCCAGCAUGGCUGGAGGGUCGCGUACCACCUCGCCCGGUCCAUGAAAAGCCGAAAGCUGGAGCUGCCGGAGGCCCUGCCGCUCUGUCUCCACCCCCCAGGCUUCGUUCCCGGCGCCUCCCCACCGGCUGAGAAAAGAAAUGACGCCGUAGAUGCUCCCGAGGGUGGGAACGGCGGUCAAGGCAACAGAGAGGCAAAUCGGAAGGGCGUCAAGGGUUCUGUGGGCAACGGCGUUCCGGCAGUGGCGAAUGAGGACCGUGAGACUGGUGUCGGGGGCGGGGAAGGCAAAGCUGGGGAAGCCAAAGGAAAGGUCAGGGGGAAGACACAGGAGAAAAAUAACGGAAAGAAGGGCGGCGGGAUUUUCUCGAGAACGAGGCCGACUUUGGCCAACUCAAGCACGAAGGAGAAGGAAGGCGGGAAGGAGAUGGAGGCGAUGGAGUUGCAAGCAAAGGUUAAAACGGAAUCGGUUGGAGAGAAGGAAACGGCCGCGGUGGUGCUUGGUCCUUCUGAAGAUAUGGACAACAACAAGAGGAAGACAAAAAAGAAUAAGACGAAGGCGACGAAGGAGCAUAAGGAGGUGGACACCGACGUUUCAGCCAUAUAUCACAUGAGCUAUGCGCAGAAAACCCGGUACACGAACGUAUUCGACAAGCUCACGACGAGAAAAACAGAGAAGAAAAUCGGCGGUAAACAGGCCGCAACGAUGCUGGCAAAGUCCGGGCUGAGCAAGACGGAUCUCGGCAGCCUUUGGGCCAUGGCCGACGCCGAUCGGGAUGGCAAGCUCUCCCGACACGAGUUUGCCGUGGCCAUGCACCUCGCGGCCUGCGCCGUCAGAACUCCGGCCCUGGCCUUGCCCAGCGUUCUGCCCCCGUGUCUCGCCGCGGCUUCUGCCACAGAAAACGAGGGGAAUAGAGAAGGCGACGGCCGCGUGGCGGCGGAAGAGAAAGGCCGCCAAGAGUCGACGAAGGGGGUGGCAUCGAGCGAUCCCUCGCCAGCAAAAACCGACGAGGUGCCGGGAAAGAUGAUAGGCAUGACCAAGCAGGCACUAGAUGAAGAUCAUGCGCGUGGGCAGAAGGACGAGAAGGAGGCAGUGACAGGUGAUGGAGAAGGAGAAGGGAGCGCGAAAGCGAGAUCAUACAGCAAGGAGAAGGAAAAAGAAGGGGGGUCGGAGUAUCGCAUGAGUGAUCAGGACGCCGCUCGGUAUGGCAAGGCCUUCGACAAGCUGGUCAAGGGCAAAGGGGUCACCCUGGGCGGAAAGAAGGCCGCGGUGGUUCUCGCCAAGUCCGGUCUGCGGAAGAAGGAUCUCGGCCACCUGUGGGUCAUGUCCGAUGUCGAUCGGGACGGUGCUCUCUCCAGAAUGGAAUUCUCGAUCGCCAUGCACCUUGCCUCCUGCUCCGCGAAGAAAGGCCUCCCGGUGCCGAGAGCCCUGCCGGAGAGCCUCGGUGCUCUCCUCCCGCAGCCGGCAGUGCAAAGCGAAGAAAGAGGAAAAGGGGUGGCCGCUUCGGCAGAGGAGACGAUCACCACAGGCAGCACGAACACCAGGGAAAAGCUUGAAAUCCCGUCAGCUAGUUCUGGCAGCGGAGGAAACAAAGGACGGAGGAACAAAUGUGGUGAUGAUGCUGGGAAUAAAAUGACUGGAGCGGUCGAAAACGAUCAAGCACGGAACAUCGGCUAUGGUAACAAGAAAGCCAGGACCACAGCAAGAACGAAGAAGGGGGGGCGGGAAGAGGAGAAAGGGAACAAGGGUGGGUCAAGCGCGACAGCAGCGACCGAGGAAGAGGCCGGAUUGUCAAAGAAACGAGGCUUCGGGGUGAUGUCUUCUGCCGCGUCUUCUGCCGCUGUCGCAGCAACGGCAGGGGAAAGCGAGACUUCCGCCGCUGCUGAAAAUGAUAUCACAGGCGAGACGACAAAACAUGUUUCACCAGCAGCAGACAGUGGCGGAAAGAACAAGAAGAGGAACAAGAAGGCCACACCUAGAGACCAAGACCAAGACCAAGAACACCAUAAGGACGGAAAACACGCCACCACCGCCGCCGCCGCCACCGCCGCGAAACGGAGGCCUGCAUCGAGACAUACAAAAUUGGUGAUGAAAGAAGCUGGACGAUCAAAACCAUUGGAGAAAUCCCGAGCACCAAAGACAAACAGAAAGGGAAAGUCAAGCAGCCCAGCAACAAUAGCGGACAAAGCAGGCAGCGCCAGAGAAGCGGAAGAAAGCGUUCCUGCCCAGCCGGACCAACAGAGUGGGUCAGACAACGACCAUGCACAAAAAUUCGCGCUCGUCUCGGUGCCCGAGGAAAGGCGUGAGGGACGGCUGACAGCGGCCAAGGGUGGCAAGUGUGUCGCCGAGGUUGCGGCAGGAAGUGUAGAAGGGGGCGCUGAUCGUGCAGAGACGGAGACGGAGGGAGAGGACGCCAAGACACCGACUAAGGAAAACAAGUCGCUCUCUAGAGAGGAGAGGGACCAGCUUUAUGGCAUGUCCACAUCGGAGAGGGCCGGAUACGACGUAAUCUUCAUGCAGCUUUCGAAAAUAUGGGGGCUGGCGGACGCGAAUGACAACGGGGAGCUAGACCACGACGAGUGGGCCGUGGCCUUGCACCUCUGCAGGUGUGUCGCUCACAAGCACCUUCCCUUGCCGGAGACCCUCCCUCGAAGUCUGGGAGGGCUGGGUUUAGCUGGAGGCCCCGACGACGAUGAAGAACAGUCUGACGGCGGCAGAGACCAAGGUCCGAAAGGCUCCAAGGCCAAACGGGAAGCGGAGCAGGCGAGAGAAAAGAAGAAAAGGGCGAUGGCGGGGCGAGCGGUAAAGCUGAGGGAGCAGACGCAGGCGUUCCGGCUUGGGAAGGUGACGGCCGCGGCGUUCUACAUCACACUUGCGGGGGCGUUUGGCGCGAAGCGGCACACAAUGAUCCCCAAGGUUGCUCGCAGUCUUCCCCUCGACAAGGCCCGAGCGCUGGUCGCGGCCGCCGGCCUCGGGGAAGAGGUUUUGGAGGACAACGAAGUGGUGGAAGCCAAGCUCGCAGCGUUGCGUCGGCGGCGGGUCGAUGAAGCCAACCUGCACGUAAAGGCGACGACCAGCAACGCCACCGCAAGAGACGUUAGCCUCCUAGCCUGUCGUUUGGCUAACCGCCUGUCCGCCACGCUGGACGACGAGAACGGCGGUGCAAGGGGAACGGGACGGGUAGGCGGCGACACCUUAGGGGCGCAGACAAGCGUAGCGGCGGAUAUGGCUUCCGCAGGCGGGGUGGACGCCGUAGCGUUAAUUUUUCGAAUGUUCGGGGCCUUAGACUUGGAGCUCAUGGUGGAGGCCCUCCAGUUCUCCCUGAUACUGGCGCGAGCCUGCAGUGCGGUGCCAAAAGAUGAAGAGCCUGCAUCCGAAACGUCUUCCCUGGCGUCAUCAUCCCAUUCGCUCGUGGAAGAUAGGGUGGUCGAGACCGCUCCUGAACCUUCGCCGUUGCUCCCGCUGCUGCGGCCCCUGUACGCGCCAUCGGUGUGCAAGAGGGUCGCCGAAGUAGCGAAGCAGUUCUCACACAGCAGGAAGACUCAACGCCUUGUUUGUCUGCUCGUGGGUGAACUAGGCUCCACGUGUGGCCCUCCUGCGCGUCGGUGUUUCGCCGACUGCUGCGAACCGAUUGUCGUGGUUGCAGCGGGUGGGCUCGACGAGCACGCCGCCAGCGACAGCGACGGGAGUAGCGUGCUCGGUGGCAUAGGCGGCGGCGGGAAAAAUGAGCUAUCAACCUCAAUCGUAGCGUCGUCGUUGCCGGGACGAGGAGUUCGAGACGUGGCGUGCCAAGCGCUCAGCGUUCUCGCCCAGGAGUCAGGCCUCAGCCGCCGCUUAGUGGCGGCGGGUGCUGGAAAGGCCUCGGCCGUCGCCUUGGCCGCCGCCCCACGCGAGCACUCGGUACAACUCUACGGGCUGGAGACGAUCGCGCUCUUGGCCGAGAGCAGCAGCAGUCCCGGCAUGUGGGAGAGCACUACCAUCGACGCGCCUUGCAGGCUAGCGGUACAGAGCGUGCAGACUUUCAUGAGGGACGCCAACAUUCACCGGGCGGCCAGCCGGGCAAUUUUGGCUCUCCUCGUCGGCGAUGCUGCUGGCGACGCUUCCCGGAGCAUUGCCGCCGCAGGCGGAGCGACCGCGCUCGCUCGGGUUCUGGCGACGUCCCCGAACGUCAGGGAAGUCCAGUUCCCGGCCGUGCUCGCCAUCAACGAACUCCUUGAAAGGUUCCGCAGCAACUGCGCAGAGAGCGCACCAACCCCGGUUUCCGAGCCAGGUGAAGAGGACGACUCAGCCUCGGCGGUGGCUGCAGAGCCAGGAAAUGUGGAACGCGAGCUAAUAGCGGCGGCUGGGUGCGAAUUGCUCUGCAAGCUUAUGAAAAUUGUGGACGCUUAUCCGGACGACAUCGAGGUGCGGCGGGCGGGCCUCGCCUUGCUCGUGGGCGUCUCGGAACACGGAGAGGGAACAACGGAGGCGAGCGACGACGAGACAGAAGAAAACGACGACCAAGGCAACCAGAUGACGACGGGUGCUUUAGCGAGUCGUCUCGGCUUCGUCGGGGCCGUCGAUUUCGCCGGGGUGUGGCUGCGGCAAGUGACCGCUCCGACAUGGGCCUGGGUCGCCGGCCACGGCGGAGGGGGCGGCGAAGAGGACGAACUUGCUCGCGCGUGGGAUCUGUUGAUGUCGUGUAAAGCAGCCUUUCUCUUGACCCGGCACAGCUCCACCAAUCGAAAUCGACUUACCUCGAUGGGCGCGAUGGAGGCGCUGAGCAGAGCGGUCGCGUUGUCAGGGCGCAAGAACAAUCUCAAGGUGGGGCUAACUCCACCGGUGGGACUGCAACAAGACUCGAAGCUGUCUAUCCAAGCGGAAACGCAACUGUGGGCCGCGCAAGCCUUGACAGAGCUGUCUGGAGGGCACGACAAUGCGAGUCGAUGCUCGGCUCUUAUGCGAUGCGGCGCACUGCGCGCGCUCUUAGCGGCCAUGAACAAGAGCAGCUCGGCCAGCCAGCUUCAACGCGCGGGAUGCAUGGCUCUCGGCAACGUUGCAAGUUGUUUGAAGCCGAAAGAUCUCCAGGCGCUCGGGAGGAACGGGGGUGCCCAAGCCGUGACGGGUGCUUUUGAAGCGUGCCCUGGAGACAAAGACGUGGCCUUGGCCGGUCUCCUGGCUGUUGCGAAGCUUUCAAUGAGCUCGGAGAACCGUCGGCUGCUAGGGCAAGCGGGCGUCUGUCCCAUGAUUUCCAAGGAGCUCCUCGACUUCUCCCACGACGAGGCCGUCGCGGAAGAAGGGUGCCGAGCCGUCACCAGACUGGCCGCGCUCUCCGGCUUCAAUCGAACGGCGCUGGGACACGCCCGUGCAGCCGAGGCGACGGCAACAGCCCUGCUCAAACACCCCUCGAAGCCGAAGGUCCAGCGGUGGGGCCUAAGCGCCGCUGCAGCCCUGGUGGCAGAGACGGACCCUUCGGGCAACACGGACAGGAUCACAAGCGCGGGGAUCCUAGGACUCGCCGUCAAGGCCCUCAUGAAGUUCCGACACAACCCAACGGUCCAGGCCGAAGGGUUGAAGACCUUCGCCAAGGUGGCCACCUCAGGGAAGGACGGCAAUGAGGCGGUGUGGGCGGCCGGGGUGGUCCUCACCGUCGUGAGAGCGCUCGGGCUGUACUUGAACGACGCGAACAUCCAGCACUGGGGGGUGGCAACCAUGCGCGCCCUCACGGGUAGCGACGAUCGGUGCGAUGUUUGGCGGGGAGCCGGGGCGCCGGAAGCCGUCGUGCGGACGCUGGCCGCGUUCGGCCGGGACGGGACCGGCCGCCACGCCACGCACGACGAAGAAGGACUGAGCAGGGCUAGCGAGACGAGGCCCUGCACGGCCGAGGAGUCGCUGUGUGUGCAGUUCCAGGCUUGCGCCACUGCUUUCAACUUGGCGAUGUCAUCGCCAGACGCCAGAAGGCGGAUCGUCCGGGAGGGCGCGGGCGAAGCCCUCGCGGGCAUGAUGAAGAGCAACUCUUCGAACCAGGCUGCUCUGCGGGGGGCGCUGGCGACCCUUGCCGCUCUAUCCGCAUCUGGGGCAGACAACCGAAAGCCCUCGGCGCUGGAGUCGUUUCCCGAAGAUCGGCGGGUGCGAUGUGAGGGAGCCCUCACCGUCCAGAACCUAAGCCUAACACCGGGAGGAGCGAGAGCGAUGACGAAGGCUGGUGUCGCGCCGGUGAUCAUCCGACUGCUACGAACGACGUUGGAAGAGUCGUCUUCCCCGACGACCAGCGAGAGAGAGGGUGAGGGGGAGGAAGGACCCACUCUCAACGGCGCAAUAGCGAACGGGCAUUCGGGCGGGAAGCCGGCCGACCGCGACGUUAUUGUGUACCUUUUGAACGGCCUGGCCAACAUGGCGGCCGCCGACAAGAACCUCAGUGACUUCAUCGGGCGGCAUGGAGCCUGCAAAGCCGUUGUUUUCGCCCUGGAGCACCACCCCCGAGACCUCCAGAUGCAGGCUAGUGGGGUCAAGGCCGUGCGAGCCCUCGCCCUCGGCGGCUGCCGAAACGUCCAAGAUUUGGCCCGCUUGCGAGGCCCCUCGGCGAUAGCUCGAGCCCAGGGACUUUUCUUGCGCGACCGUGAAAUACAGCUCGCUGUGGGGGCAGCUAUGGAAGCGUUGUGUCGGGGAGGCAACCGGGCCAACCAGGAGGCUCUUGUCGGCGCCGGGACUAUCGUCCUGCUAGAAAGUGCCCUAACCCAGUUCGCCAGCGACGCGGAAGUUGUAUCUCAGAGUUUCCGCGCUCUCGUUGAGAUCGUUCUGGGCGGCGUCGGGCCAAAGACGGUGAUGGGCGCAGAAGGAGAGGACAGUCAACGGUGUUCCAGAAGCGUUGCCGGCGUCGAGGAGGAACCGUCAGUGAAACGGUCGUUUUCUCUACCACAACUUACACUAACCGAUGGUGAAGCAGCAAUCAAUGGUCCUCUACAACCGGGCGGAGAUGCAGGUGGUACCGUUGGUGGCGUGGCUGUGGGUGAGGUAUCUUGUGCCGUGGGGAUGGUACUCGCCGUCCUCGAGAGAAACCCCUGCCGUGAUGUGUGCCUUGAGGCAUUCUCUGCCCUAGGCCGCUUGCUCGUUAACCUCGGGGCUACGGACUCGGAGAGUGUGAGUGUCGGAUCGAACGACGUCCGCGGCCAGACCUACCAGAACAGAGCUGCUACUGCAGAUGAUACCACAGCUUGUCACAAGGUUUCUCACAGUGGAAUGAAGGGAGGAGUGAGUCCUGCGGGAGGGUUGCUUCAGUUGGCGAAGGUUCGACAGGCAGUAAAGCGGGCGCUCAAGAUUUACGGUUGUGACGACGUUGAUCUAGCGUCAAGAGGUGGUCAAAUUCUCACGUUGAUUGCCGUUGCGAGAGGUCGGGCCCUUGCACAAUAGAUGAGGUAGAGCAUGUAGCAGCAAUGGAAUUCACCCUUGACCACUGGUGCCCCAGAACCAUAUCAGAACCAAAGAUCCCGCCUUCGAGAAUAUGGGUCAGCGCGGGGGGGAGAAGUAUUGCUGGAAAUUCCUGGAGUUUUCACCACCAACUAGACAA